AUGGCGCCCCAAACGUCAGAGCAGAUGCUUCGUUUGUGGUAUGCCAAACUAUGGGCUCCCACAGUCGAUCUGAUCGGCGACAUUGCCGGCAAAGAGCCAUUCAUUAUUCAUGGCGAGUCCAUGAUCCGGCACUGUCUUGAAGAAUCGCCUGCCGACUUCCAAGAUGGGUUUCAGUUGUUGCACGCCGUAUAUUUCGUUGAAAGGUUCCUUAGCAAUCUUCAAAAGAGAGGUUGCGACUUUGACAUUGUCUUCUUUCACGAUUUAAGGGACAUCUGCGUUCCUCAUCUGUCUGGCUUCGAGUACAAAUAUCAAUACGCAAGAACAGUCAUCAUCAAGCAUCUCCAGAGAUAUACUAUCGACUGUGCAAAGAAGACUGGCGCCCGAUCAUCUGUUUUAGAGUUCAAUUCCUUUUCCAGUAAAGAAUUCCACGAUUACCUCAAGGGUCUACCGAUCCAUUUUGUUUUAUGUCACGACGGGGUUGAAUCGGAAGAUGUCAAAGAUACCGCCAUAUUGCGGUAUUUUAUCCGUCGUCUGAUUUCUCUUGGCAAAAAUGUAGCCAUUAUCAACUCUCUUAAGUGGAAGAGUUCAAAGGCAUAUGCACCGUUGCUAAGCAAGUCGCCCGUUCGACUGCCACGGCUGCCCAUUUCACCGGAGUUUGACUCGCCAUUUACUUCACUAUAUGGUCAAACUUAUGAAUGUCUGCAAUCUAUGCUGAUUGAGCCUCGGGAUCUCACUAUUCGAGAGCGCCUGGGUAUCACCGCCUGCUUAUCCCUAGUCGGAGCACCAAAGGGCAAUUUGACGGAUCAUGAUGAUCUGCAGGAAAGAGUACAAGCGUUUCUCCUUCAUCUCGCGGUCCUCAGGCACUGUACCCUACUUGAACGUCAGCAUUGGAUUGGACCGCAGCGUUGCCGUCCACACCCUGAAGACCAAGAAUUCUUGCGCCACAUCAUUGAACUGUCAUUGAUCUUGUUGGAAAAAGAUGAGUGGAUAACGAGCAUGGAUGUUUCUGAAAGCGACUGGGAUCUGUAUGAUGCCAUUGAUGGGUCUUUGUUCCAUUUCAUGCUCGAGUCUCUCCGCUCUAGCCAGUGGCUUCCCAGCCAAAUCAUCCAGUCGUGGCAGCACCUUUGGUCAGCUUUUCGCGCAGGAACUGAUGCGGGUUUUGCAGAGCAUCUCCCGCGACUUGCUAUCACUUCGGAGGACAACCUUCGAGGAGAGUCGAAUAGCUUGCAAGUCUCGGCUUUGCCUUUUAGCCAUCCCGUGCUUGACACUUUUCUCAAGGAUAUCAAGCUGAACGAGAGUCGGGAAGUACAAGACGCAUCCUCCCACUCCGUCUUUGAGGAUCUUCACCACUGGCAUAACACCAAGCUACUAAUACCGCAGAGAAAGAUCCAAAAGCUCGGGUUUUUUGCGAGACAAAGAAUGCAAAAGCGUCUUGCUAGCGUUAUAGCAUAUUCGGCGAGUCUCACAAACGCAAAAGGCAAACUACUUGACCCUGAGAUUGUCGUCGUGAAGAAGACUGCCGUUGUGCACAACUUCAAGAAUAAAGGGUCGCAGAAAGAGAACAGAAGUGUUCAAUCUCAAUCUAAAUCCAAGACACCAGGCCGCCAAGGGAACAAGCCGAGUAACAAAGAGAAGGCACACCGAGCGGCCCAAGAGGUUCAAGAGCAAAAAGCAUUAACCAAGCGAGGCAACGCAGUCACCCUAUGGGCCACUACAUGCCAAAAUAUUGAGAAAGACCAUUCUAUUGUAUCUCGAUACCUCAAAACCAUCAAAUUCCUGAACGAACGAUCCAAGGAUGACAAUAUUGCGCUGGGAUCCGAGAUCCACCUUUACUUGUGCCAUCUUCUUGGGCAGUUAUGGGCAAAAGCACAGACAGCUGCCAAAGUAAACCCCAGUGCCGGGUUCUAUCUCAUUGCACUUAUGUGGAAAUGGCUUCAGGAGCUUCCAACCAUUGGGGUGUCCAAAGCGGUAGACAAGGCAGUUCAGAAACUGAUGUCUUGCCUCGGGAUUCCAAACCUUGUGGUUACUGUUGGUGAUCAGACCCAAAAGAUGUCGUUCAAAUUUGAUUAUGGUUCUUUCAAGAACAUGAAAAAAUCUAUGCUAAACUCUCGGCAAAUGCAGCUCGAAUUUGCAGCGCCUUACAUGGAUCGACGAUUCGAUUCUCGACAGGAUAAUCGGGUGCCAUUCAACCCAGAUGCUUGGCAGGUUAAAGUUCUCGACUCAAUCGAUGCAAAUAACAGUCUCCUUGUCAUUGCCCCAACUUCUGCGGGUAAAACAUUCAUCUCGUUUUACGCAAUGAAGAAAGUACUCGAAGAAAGCGAUGACGGAGUCUUGGUAUACGUUGCCCCAACCAAGGCUCUGGUAAACCAGAUCGCCGCCGAAAUUGGUGCUCGCUUCACCAAAACAUACAAGCAAGAGGGUAAGUCUGUUUGGGCAAUACACACUCGGGACUACCGAGUCCAAAACCCAACUGGAUGCCAAAUACUCGUCACCGUACCUCAUAUGCUGCAGAUCCUCUUGCUUGCGCCGACAAACGCCAAAGGCCCCAAAGCAUGGUCACAACGGAUCAAGAGGAUCAUAUUCGACGAAGUCCAUUGUAUUGGGCAGGAUGAGGAUGGUGUGGUUUGGGAACAGCUGCUUCUAUCUGCUCCAUGUCCCGUCAUCGCUCUCUCAGCAACCAUUGGGAACCCCGAACCCUUUGAGGAGUGGCUCUCACAGGUUCAGAAAAGCAAAGGGUUGAAACUGGAUACGGUAGUGCACACGGCUCGCUAUUCGGAUCUUCGAAAAUUUAUUUACAUGCCUCAAGAAUACGAACCAUUCCAAGGGCUUCGACGCAGCAAGGCACUUCCCGUUCCUGGAUUAGACGAAGGUGACAAGCCUUGUCCUGAUUUCCAGUUUGUACACCCCGUAGUAGCUCUAACUGAUAGGGCUCGCACAGCGCUUGAGGAUCUCUCUUUGGAGGCGAGAGAUUGUCUACGUCUGUGGGAAAGCAUGAAGAAGAUUCUCUCAGAGGAAGAACUUGUCAGAUUUGGCGUCCCAGACCCCUCUACCAUUCUCCCAGAGACAAUAUCAAAGUCGGAUGUUCUUCAGUGGGAGGCAGAGCUCAAACAAUCACUCCGACGCAUCAUAGAGAGCCAAGGCUCUGCGUUCCGGAAAAUCAGGAAGCUUUUGGAGCUACCUUCGACCCAAGAGACCCCAUCUUCCGAAUUUAGUCGUGACUUGGAAAGUAUAUUUCACCUUGUCGUCGGUCUGCAUAAGCAAGAUGCUCUGCCUGCUCUCGUGUUUCACUAUGACACUCAGGGUUGUGAGAAGGUUGCGAAGCUUAUAUGCGCGAUGCUUCUCGAGUCUGAAAAAGAGUGGAAAGAAAACUCGGCUGAAUGGGCUCAGAAAGUGAAAGACUAUGAGGCUUGGAAGAGGUCUGAGGACAGCCAACAGAGUCGAAGGGUCGUUCAACGGAACAGAGGCGACGGCGGAGACGAUUCCAGGAUGUCAAAGCAAGAGCAGUUACGUGAGGAGGCAAAUGUCGAGACAAGUCCUUGGGCGAGUUUCAACCCAAAUGCUCCGCUGGAACGAUUCAGUUUUGCAGAUACGACGAAAAUGCAAGCUUUGGAGGCGAAUGGAAUGAUUCGACCUCUACGAGGAGCGGUUGAUGUUUUGCUGCUAGAAGCUCUUCAACGCGGCGUUGGAGUGCAUCACUCUGGUCUGAACCGAGAAUAUCGUCAAGUGGUUGAAGUCAUGUUCCGUAAAGGGUACUUGAGGGUGGUUGUUGCCACUGGUACACUGGCCCUCGGUAUCAAUAUGCCCUGCAAAACGGUCAUCUUCCACGAAGAUUCUGUGUUUCUUACUGCCCAGAACUUCAGGCAAGCUUCAGGACGUGCCGGACGACGAGGCUUUGAUCUUCUUGGCAACAUUGUGUUCAACCAGAUCCCACGAGAGCGCGUGUAUGAAAUCAUGUCGGCGCGGCUGCCAGGCCUCAAUGGACAGUUUCCGAUAUCCACAACCCUUGUGCUCAGGUUGUUCUCGCUUCUUCAUGGAUCUGAUAACUGCCAAUUCGCAGUCAACAUGGUGCAGUCAUUGCUCUCGCAAACGCGGCUCUAUCUGGGUGGACCAGAAUCGGAGAUGUCCAUUAAGCAUCACGUUCGGUUUUCCAUUGAAUAUCUCAGACGGCAGAACUUGCUUUCUGCUGCUGGUGUCCCUAUCAAUUUUGCCAGCAUCAUAGGCCACUUAUACUUUAUGGAGAAUGCAGUGUUUGCUUUUCACUCCCUCUUGAAAGGCGGGUAUUUCCAUCAACUCUGCUCAGACAUCUAUAAAAACCCAGAGCGGGUGUUACUGGAAAUGAUGCUGGUACUGUCCCAUUUGUUUGUCCGAAUACCGGUCAAAGAGAAUGAGAAAUUGGUUGAAAUAGCCAAAACCUCGUCGUCUGUCAUCUUCCUUCCGCCUCUUCCGCAGGAAGCAGAAAGCCUACUCAUCCGACAUAACGAGGAGACUCUUUCCAUCUUCAAAAGAUAUGUCCAGUCUUAUGUUAGCCAUAACUUGACGAAUAAGAGGGAUCGGUCGUUGCCGUUUACCGAAACAGUCGUUGGCCAGGAAAAUCCCAUCCAUUGGGCGGCUACCGAUUCGAGCGCUGCUGGCAUGGUGCGUUCCCCUUUUGUUGCCUUGUCUGGAAAAACGGACGACUUCAAGACAAUUCACGAACUGUGCCAGACGGCGCGUGGAGAUGUCUUUUUGGAAGAAUCGGCCAUUCCGUCGAUACCGAUCUGGCCACACGAUACCAACGUGAGAUUCAACGCAUAUUUGUACGAUUAUUACAAGCACGGCAGCAUGCAUGUCCUUGCGAGAGACAACGGAAUCCGACGCGGAGACGUGUGGUUUCAUCUUAAAGAAUUCUCUCGCACUUUGUCUACAAUCAUUAGCAGUCUAACUAUCCUUAUGAGCGCCAAAGAUGUAGACGCGGAAGAGGAAUUUGAAAGCUUCGAGAACGAGGCUGAAACAACAGCCAGUGGAUCUGAAGAUGACAGUGAUGAAGAAACAGACUCAUCUGCAACUAGCCUAGAUGGCUGGGAUGAUGGCGAAGAUGCCCCUAUCGGGGGACAAAAAAAGGGCAAAGGUUUAUGCCGAGUGCUUUUUGCAUUUAUGCGGUUGAGAGAUGAGUUUGAUGGCAAGUUCCAUCGCGAAUGGGCGUAA